AUGAGUAGACGUGGCUACAUCUCUUAUAGUGAAUGUGUGUAUAUCCUUUUAUGUUCUCAAUGUUAUACACAAAUCUUAGGAGACAUAAGGAGAAGACUGAUUCUGUCUAUGAAAUGUGUUUUAGAGAAGUAUGAGAAUCUUGAUCUAAGUAUAAGAGUGGCAGGGUUGAUAUGCAUACAAUACGGAAUUGAUCCUGAAUUUCAUGUCAGAGACAAUCUUCCAAUUAACCAUAGUGCCCCAGAAAUCUUUAUCCACUAA